CGCCUCCAGCCUCCUCAUUGGGCGAGCUCACCCAAAAGGGGUGGGAUCUCCCUCGGCCGGAAGUCCGCCCUUAGCAACGCCCUUAGCAACGCUCGUUUUCUCCUCAGGCCGCCAUGGAGUCGCCCGCUCCGGAGAGGGGCCCUGCUGUCCCUCCCCAUGAAGACAGCACCUGGGCCCGCUCUGUGCGACGGCGCUUGGCGGUGGACCUGCGGGAGGUGGGCCACCCGGAGCCCGGGCACGUGGAGGCGCUGGUGGCAGAGCUGCUGGCGGUGCUGGGGGCGGUGCUGCGCCGGAGCAGCCGGGGGGCCUGGCUGCGGAUGAUGGAGGCCUUGCACCUGGUGGCCCCCUUCCGGGCCCUGCUCUCUGGCCGCCCGGAGCUGACCCCCUUCCUGGAGGGCCUCUUCUUCCAGUUCCAGUGCAGCCGGGCCAUGGUCUCGGACCUGGACGUCCUGGGUGCCGUGGCCAGGGCCUUUCCCCAGGACUGCGCCCUGCUCUGGGCCCCUCCCCGGGCCGCCUACCCCCGCGAUCCCGACGACCCCGCCACAGUUCUGCCCCCGGCCCAGGAGCCCCUCUUCGCUGGGAUGCCCUGCCCCUUCGCCGCCAAGUGGGACAUGGCCCCCGACAACCGGGAAGUGGACCCCGUCUCCCUCCAGGAGCUGCAGCGAAGCCUCGGACCCGUCGGGAGUCAGGUGGUCCAAAAGGAGGCAGCCCCCGGGAGCCUGGGCAUCAUGGCGCUGGCCCUGGCUACGGACGUCCCGACCCAGUUCCUGGAAGAGCCCUCCAGCACUGCAGAACCUUCUGUGUGGUUUGGCCAAGAGGUCCCCGGAGCAGCCCCAAUGCCCCAGAAAGAGGAGAAGAAGGAGGAGGAGAAGAUGGCUGGUGCGGGGGCUUCACCCGGCAAGGGACCACCCAUGACCGGCCUCCAGGCAGCCGAGCUUUUUGCCACCAACCGCCACGCAGGCCGGAUUGGGUUCCUGUACCUCAACGUGGCCCCCAACCGGCAUUUCAGGCCCUACGACCUGGUGGCCGUCCCCAAGCACCUGACCCACCCUCACCACUACGUCUUCUCUCCGUUCGGGGUGCUGCACGUCCGGCCCCGGGAGGGCUCCGAGGCCUGUUCUCUGGGCGAGUGGCACCGGGAGGCCGUCCUGUGGCAGCUGCUGCAGUACAUCCCCUUCUUCCGGCUCUACCUGGUCCGCAAGGCCUUUGCCUGCUGGUGCUGCAACGUCAAACACCUGCAGCGGCUGAAACGGACCCAGAAGCUGCGCCUGCACCUGCUCCAGGCGGUGCCACACUUUGGGGCAGCUCUCCUCCAGAUUUCCAGACUCCUGCAGGAACUGUGCUCUGCCCACUGGCUGCCCAUCAAUGACGUCCGGUGCUACAGCUUCCCUGAACUCCAAAACGCCUUGGUGCAGGAGAGGAGCCUCACCGAAGGCCUCCUCCGCCGCUUCCUCCUCCUUUGCUCUUCCAUCCUGGAACUGGUGCGCGACGACACCUACAAAAUGGUGCAUGGGAUGCAGACGCGGGUGGAGAACUACAAGCUGUACAUCACCCGGGAGUCUCUCUACAAGCAGCGGAUGCAGUUCGAGGGGCUGCAGUCCCGCCUGCGGGAGGCCGAGUCCUGGCUGCAGAGGCUGGGCCUCCUGGCGCUGCUGGCCAACUUCCUCAUCUGCCAGACCCUGGUCUCUGCCAUCCAGGAGGACACCGUGGCCUUUGUCGGGCGCACCAUGAAGGCCAAGAACGCCGCCCGGAAGGCGGUCCUCCACGUGAGCCUGGUGUUUGGAGAAGACAGCCAGUUGGGCCUCUUCCCCUCCAGCCAGGAGCUGAGCGACUGCCUCUUGGGGGCAGUGGAGGCCGUCCUGGAGUCGGUCCUGCAGAUGACCCGCAUCAACGUGGAGGAGCCGCCGACUGAGGAGGGACCAAAGGCCAAAGAAUCGAAAGAGGAGUUCCAUUCAGUCCAACCCAGCGCCAUCUCCGUCAUCGGCCGCAGCCUCAGCACCCUCAAGGGCUCCCCCUCUGAUUUGGCUGCGGAGCUGGAGCGCCUGGAGCCGCUGCCCACUCCGAUCCUGUGCGGGGAGGAGCCCCAGUUGGUGCAUCGGCUGGACCUGAAGGCCUUCGGGGGCCUGGAGGUGGUGGGCCACCGCCUGCGGAGCGAGUACCCCUUGCUAUCCAGGGAGCAGCUGGAGCAGGACCUGCGCUCGGACGGCGUCAUCCAGGAGGCCCUGGCCACUCAGCAGGACCUGCUCAAGGCCGCGCUUGGGGAGACCCAGAUGCUGUGCCAGGAGUACGCCUGGCUUGGCGAGAUCUACCUCUUCGUCCACAGCUGGGGCCCCGACCACCUGGAGAGCAUGAAGGGCUGGCCGGCGGAGGAGUACGUCAACCGGGUGGUGAAGCUGCGCUCGUGGGUGGCCCGGGUGCAGAACGUCCCGCACGAGGUCGUCACCUACAACCGUCUGCUCCUCGUGGACUGCUGCGGCAUCCACCAGGACAUCCUGCCUUUGCUGGACUCCAUCAACAAGGAUAUCCUGUCGCUACUGUUGAGCGAGACCACACAGCGCAGCGAGGUCUUCAUCGCAGAGCUGACCGCAGUGCUGCAGCUGUACAUGACCAUGGGCAACAACGACAUCCUGACUAUUGCCAAGUGCUCCCAAAAGCUGGAGGAGUACCAGGGGCAGAUGAAGGAGCUGCAGGCGUACGUGGACUAUGUUCGGGCCCUCAACGAGGUCAUCCAGCACUGCUUCCGGCCCCUCAACUCCCGCGAAGAGAGCCUGGAGAACAUGCUCAUGGACACCUGGGACGCCUUUGUGUUCCAGCAGCGGGAGGUCUCGGACUUCAUCGUGUCCCGGCGCCUGAGCAUCAUUGCGGAGCUGAACAGCUCUCUCCUAAAGGCCCUGGGGGAGCUGCAUGAGAUGCUCGCCAUGGUGACAGUAGGGCGCUUCCUGGACUCUGCCCAGAACCCCCGGGCCAUGGAGGAGGAGCUUCAGGCCCUUCUCCGGCACUUCCAGUCCACCAUGUUGCAGGUGGAGGACCUCCGCCGCUCCCAGCGCAUCCUGACAGGGGACGCCAUGGACGUCUCCUUCAUCGCCGGGAAACAGAGCGUCAUUGAGAUCCAGGCACGGAUCUGGCAGCUGUACCGCAUCAUCUCUGAGCAGAUCACGGAGUGGAAGUGCCUGGCUUUUGCCAAGUUCAGCCCCAGUCUGGCCAUGGAGAAGACCGAGGAGUGGCAGAAGGAGGUGAUCAGCAUCGAGCGCUGCCUGCCCAGCAACCAUCCCGUCUUGCAGGCCUGCUUGCGGAAGAUUGCCAACUUCCAGAAGUACCUCCCUCUGCUCCUGAAGCUGGGCAGCCACUUCCUCAAGCUCAGCUGCUGGAAGGAGAUAUUUGCUGUGAUGGGCGUCAAGUGCCCCCUGAAUAUGCAGUUCACGCUGGGCCAGCUCCUCUCGUACCCGCUGCUGGAGUACAGUGAUGCCAUCUUUCGGGUUUAUGCCUGGGAGAAGAGCCGCCACUACGCCCGGGACAACCUCUACCGCCUGCAGCGGAUCUGGACUGAGAAGCAGUUCCGGCUGGUGAACUUCAUCCUCAACGUUCCCUACCAGGAGCAGCAGCCGGAGCGCUUCCGCCGCCCCAUCAGUGGCCGCACCCACGCCAACAAAGUGGAAUAUAUCUCCAAGGACAGCGGCACCUAUGUCUUGUCAGACAUUGCAGAGCUGAAGACCUCCCUGCAGAACAGUCUCCUGACUCUGCAGAACAUCAUCCUGUCUCCCUUCUCUUCUGAACUCCUGGAGGAAGCGGAGAGCUGGGCAGCCACGCUGCGGACCUUCGAUUCCCUGUUGGAGGCCUGGGUCAGUUUCCAGCAGAAGUGGGUCUUCCUGAAUAUUGUCCUCUACGAGAUGAAUAUUAGCCUACCGAGCGCAGAACUGGAUUCCAAGUUCCAACGGGUGGACGCCCUUUUUCGGGAGGUCAUGCAAGUGACCUGCAACGACCCCCUAGUGCUGUCCUGUGUCAGGGUAGCUUUAGGCAAGUGCCGUGACAGCCGCUUUGUGGGAAGCUGCCUGCAGUCUGCAUUUGUAGAGGGAUCGGCGGACCUUCUGCUCAUCAUCCAGGCCCUGGAUUACGUCCUGGAGGCCACGCGCAUGGGAUUCCCCCGCCUCUUCUUCCUCAGCAAUGAGGAGGUGGUGGCCAUGAUGGCCACAGCAUCGGAGCCUGCGGAUGCCUCUGCUUGGGCCCAGCGCUGCUUCCCUGGCGUGCGCCAACUGGUGCUCAAUGUGCCCUCUGUCAUCCAAGACCGCAGCACCUUUUCAGUAGAGCCCCCGGUGGUGGAAGUGAAGGGCUUGGAGGGAGACCAUAAGGAGAAGCUGAAGCUGUGCCACUUGGUCCCCAUCAGCCGGAAGGCCACACAGUGGCUUUGCGCCCUGGAGCAGCGGAUGAAGGAGACUGUCUUCUACCAGAUACAGGAGUGUGUGGCCCAGCGCCUGGCCCUGCACUCACAACUUGACCUGCCCUUUGAGAGGCGCCCGGGCCCCAUGGAGCUGCCCCUGCACUUGCUGGCUGAGAACUGGGCAACGCUGGGCAGAACCUUUCCCUCUCAGUGUGUGCUGCUGGCGGAGGAGGCCUUGUGGCGGGUGGCAGCAGAGGAGGCCCUCGUGGACCCAGACCGCAAACCUGUGCUGCAGCUCAAGAUGAUCCUGAAGCUUGAGGCCCUGACCCACUAUGUACGCAAUUACCGUAGCAGCCAUGGCUGGAACCCCCACGAGGACCAGCUGGGCAUGCUGCUGGGGGCCCUGAUCACCUUGACCAUCCACCAGCGUGACCUCUUUUCCCAGCUCUUGGAAUGCAGCGUGAGCUCCCCACAGGCCUUUGAAUGGGCCCGGCAAUUCAAGUACCAUGUGGUCCUGCAUCGUGACAAAGCCCAUGUGGCGGGGCUCCCCUCGAGCAGCCCUUGGGUUGGCAGCCCCCCUGGCUGCUGGGCCGAAGUUCUUGACAGCCAGUUCCAAUACGGCUAUGAGUUCCUGGGACCCAGCCUGCGCCUCCUGGGGAGUCCCUCCCUGAGCAGGACCCUGCUGGGGCUGCUGCUGGCCCUAGACGAGUUCCGUUGUGGAGGCCUGCUGGGGGCUCCUGACACGGGCAAGUCCCACACGAUGCAGGGACUGGCGCAAGCCUUGGGCCGUCACCUGGUUCUGCUGAGCUGCAGUGUCCAAAUGUCUAUCAGCUGCCUCUCCCGAUACCUUUGUGGGGCAGUGCACGCGGGGGCCCUGCUGGUACUGGAGGCGGCUGAACAGCUGGAGACAGCGGUGCUGUCCGCUUUCACCCAGCGCCUGGUGGACCUGCAGAGGAUGUGUCUGAGCCUGCAGACAAGUCGGGCGCCCAACCCAGCGUCCCCCCCAGCAGGCGCCUCGACAGGCAGCCCUGAUUUGGACACCUCUGAGAGUUACGAGGAGCCUCCCGCCAUCGGUCUGCCGGAGCUGGGUACAGACGAGGCCGAGCCCUACCAGCCAGGGGUCCUGGGAAACAUCCUGUUUGGGGGGCGGCUUCUGCGGGUGCGGGAGACCUACGGCUGUGUGGCCACCCUGGAACACCUCCCGGAAGCCCUGCACCUGGCCGUGCGCCCCGUGGCGCUGUUUCCCCCUGACCUCACCAGGCUGGCAGAGGUCACUCUACUGGCAGCCGGAUUCCGAGAGGCAACACGGCUGGCAGAGAAACUGACCGCCUUUUUGCGAAUGGGUGGGGAGUUGGGUCCCGGUACCCCCCGCAGCUGCCCAACCCUCCUCCGGGAGGUGAUCGGGAUGACCAUCAACAUCCUUUUUGCCCCUCAAUCGGGGCAAACACUUUCAAGGGUCCGGUCAAAGCACUCUGCUCGGACGACCUUCUUCUUGGGCUUGGACGAGGAGCCAGCCAUGGUCAAAGCCCUGUACCUUUCCCCGUUGCUGAACAGCCCUGAGUGCCCCCGGCUGCAGAUCGCACGAGAGCUCUUGCAUGAGAUAUUCCCUUCCGCCUCCCUGCAGCCGCAGGAGGCCCAGAUGCCCGCACGGCUGCAGAGUGCCCUGAUGGCCCAACUGCAUGAGGACAGGCUGCACCCAGACCCACGGUUCGUGGGCUUUGCCAGCCUGGUCUUCCAGGCCCUGCAGGGCACUGCUGGCGUUGUCCUCCUAGGCCCCUCGGGCGGGGGCAAGAGCACUGUCUGGCGUGCCCUGGCCAAGGCACAGAGCCGGCUGGCCGCCAGCGACGCCACACACGGGGGGCCCCCUGCAGCCAACGCACAGCCAGAGAAGCGCUUCCAGCCUGUCAGCACAGUCUGCCUGUGGCCCAAUGGCCUGAGUGUGGUGGAGCUCAUGGGCAGCCUGGAAGGCAGCCUGUGGCAGGAUGGGGUCCUGUCCCGGCUCCUGCAGAGGGCGGCUACCUCCGCCUUGGCUGGCGGGACGGAUACAGAUGGCACUCAGCAGUGGCUGGUGCUGGAUGGGGCGGCCUGCCCUGAGUGGCUGGAACCCAUCUCCUCGAUCUUCAGUGCCAGGCCCUCUCUCACCUUGCCCAAUGGUCAACACCUGCAGGCUCCUGAGAAUGUCAAAUUCCUCUUCGAAAUGCCGGAUGCCUCCGGGGUGCCCCCCUCGGUCUGUGCCCACUGUACCCUGCUUCACUGUGCGGCCACCAGUGUCUGGCGGGCCAUGCUCUCGUCUGCUCUAACGCCCGCCUACCGCAAGUACAGCCUGACCCAAGAGGACCUGGCUCUGCUGCGGGAGCUGGCGGAGGAGCUCUUCCCGCCCACCUUGGCCUUCGCACGGGAGCAUUACUGCUCAGUCCUCCUACCCCACAGCCACCCACAGAACCCUGUGGCUGAGGGCAUCCAGGAGACCACCACCUUCACCCGGAUACUCCAUGCGCUGCUUCAGCAAUAUGUGCGCCGGGACACCGCCAAGCCCCUGCCUGCCCCCACCUCGCUGCCCACAGAAUCCAAGGCAGGCCUCCAUGUCGACCGCAUGGCCUCCGCCUCCCUCUCCAUGCAAGACAGCAUCGCUGACCACCACCGCCUGCUGGUACAGAGCAUCUUCGUCUUCGCCUACAUCUGGGGCUUUGGGAGCCAUCUCCACUCCAGGCACUGGCCUUGCUUUGACCGCUUUGUCCGCCGAACCCUGCUCAGCAGCAACUGCCUGAUAGAGCUGCCUCCCGCGGACUCCGUCUUCGACCUCUGCCCUGUCGUGGAGAGCGGCCGCCUGGAGCCUUUCAAGGGAUCCUUUUUGUCCCAGCGCGUCAAGGUCAACCCUGGGAGCUUCUCGGUCCUGCCGCAGUACGAGCGGGUGCUCUUUGUGGUGGACCUGCUCCUCAGCGCGGACCACCCGGUCCUCCUGGUCGGGGAGCCUGGCUCCGGGAAGUCCUCCUUUGCUGAGAUGCUGGUGCAGCCCAAUUACCUUUACCAUCGUGUAUGCCUCACGCCGGCCCUCAGCGCCUCCCACCUGCGGCACCUGAUGCUCCGGAGGUUCCUCAGUACAGCACGAGAGAAGGGCCUUUUCCCCGGGGGCAAGCAAGCCAGGGGCAUGGCCGCCAAGGCUGGCAGCCUUUUCUUGGUGGAGGACCUGCACAUGGCCUUUGUGGACCCAACCCGCGGCUCCAGCCCUGUGGCAGAAACCCUGCGCCAGGCCCUGACACAGCAACAGUUCUACCAUGCAGAGACCCUGGAGCUGCAGCAGUGUCCAGCCACAUCCUUCAACUGCUUUGGCACCCUGUCUGUGCCCAUGACAGGGGCGCGGCCCAUUUGCCCUCGUUUUGGGCGGCUGUUCAGCACUGUGGGGCUGCCCCCAGUGACCAGGGACUCGCUGUUCUGCAUGUACACAGGCACUGUUUUUACCUGGUUGGAGAAGUUCCCCAUGCUGACGCGGCAUGGCGACCUGGCCUCCUCCAUCGUGCGGGCAACCGUUGAGGCCUAUGAGGCGGCCAGGAAACAGUUCCAGCCUUCUCCCGCCUGCUGCCUCUUCCAGUUCUCUUUGCACGCCAUUCAGAAGGUGAUCAAGGGCAUGCUGCUGCUGCGGCCCCGUCCAGGCAUUCACCUCUCCAGCCCCCUGGAUGACUCCAGCUCCAAGGCGGUGGUCAGUCGCCGCACUUCUGGCAUGAGCCGGUUGCACACGGGGCCAGGCUACACCACAGUCCUCACUGUCCGGCUCAUUGUGCGCCUCUGGAUCCACGAGAGCCUGCGGGUCUUCAGCGACCCACUGCGGGGCAAGCACCAGCGUGAGCUGUGUGGGCAUAUGCUGGGGGAGAUUGCCAUGGCCAACUUCUGUGCCAAGCGGCAGGUUGGGUGCAUGGUGCCAUCCUCCGUCACCCAAGCCUCCCACCUCCCUAGUCGAGGCAACGUCACCUUCCAACUUUCCAGCAUCUCUGGUGUCUGUGUCACUGAAGACGAAAUGCCUGACAAAGAGGAUCUCUUGCUAAGUGCGCACUUCGAGCAGGGUUUCUGCUGCACCGACAAGUGGGACUACUCUGACCCGUGGGACCCUGUGGAGCAGGCGCCGCCUCUUGCGCUUGACCGUCCUGCGCCAGCUCCGAAAACAGACCCUUCCCCAAUGCCAGUGCUUGAGUGUGAGUCCGCUGAGGUGGAGACUGAGGACCCAGAAGCUGGGAAGAAAUGGGAGACCGGCUCAGAGGCGAGCACGCCGGAACCGCCGCGGGUGGGUGAGCCUCAUGCCUCUCCCCGCCGCCCUUCCUCCGUGCGAGUCAAGCACCGGUCCUUGACCUCCCGGAAGGAGAUCUCCGGCCCAUUGUUGCCGUCGCACCUCUUGCUGCUGCAGGGCGAGUCCGUGAGGGAUAUUGUCUUCAGCAAGGAUCUGGGCACCGAUGCCUACAGUCCCACAGCUCACAACCCUUAUCAGGAGAAGCUCUGGAAGGCCCUGGAGAGCCAGCUGGCCCCCAGCAUACCCCCUGACUUCUUGCUGUGCACUGAGGGGCUGAGGCACAUAGUGCGCCUGAGCCGCCUUCUUUGUGGCCCCGACAGACAUGCGGCCCUUGUCUCCUUCAGCCGAUGCACGGGGCGGCAGACACUGGUGACCCUGGUGGCACGUGCCACCGACUCCCUGGUCAUGGAGCUGCCGGCCAAAGCAGAUGAGGCGGAAACUCUGGGAUUCAUGCGGCUGGCUACUUGGAAGGCAGCUGUCAAGGGUGCCCGGGUGCUGCUGCUGGUGCACCCCGGGAUGCGGCUGGCCAGUUUGCACCUGGUCCUGGCGCUGAUGGCAGAGGGCACAUGCCCAGGGCUUUACGGCCCAGACGACGCUGUGUCCAUCAUCCCAGCCAUGCUGCAUGAGAACCCUGCCAUCAAGCGCACCAUGCGGGACGAGAUCAUUCUCCAAAAAUUCUUCCAGUUUGUGCGCUCCAACCUGCACGUGCUGCUGCUGCUGGGCGGUCCGAGGCCCAUAGCGCUGCCCCCGCUGACGGCCGUGGCCCUGGGCCAGCUGCUCUGCUGCCUGGAGGUGUACCAGCCCUGGAGCCAGGCCUCGCUGGAGGAGGUGGCCUCCAAGCACUUCAAGAAGCACCUCAAGCAGCCCAUGCGGCUCACCCGAGAGCUGCCGUCGCUGAAUGCCCACAAGGACCUCUUGCGCCGCUUGACCAAGGCCGCUGCCCGCUUCCACUCCUCAGCCGUUGCUCAUGCCGCUUUCCUUAACACUCACCUGCCCCUGGUCAGCCCAAAGAGUCUCUUGGACUUUCUGGACACCUUCAUCGUACUCUUGGACUCCAUGCAGGAGAAGUGCAGCAAACAAAUGGAGAGGGUGAAGAUGGCGCUGGUCAAGAUGGGCGAAGUGAGCAAGAGGCAGCAGGAGCACACGCGGGACGCCCAAUUCUUGCAACAAAAGCUGGUCAAGAUCAAAGAGCAAAUGGUGCAGAGCCAGCGGGAAAUUGAGCGGGAGAAGGAGGUGCUGCGGCAGCAGGAGAAGGAGUGCCGGGAGUACGAGGCCCGCAUUGAGGCCCUGACCCAGGAGCGGGAAGUCCUGGAGAAGGAGAAGGAAAUGGCCAUGAAGAAGGUGCGACAAGACUACCAGACUGCCGUGGCCAUGCUGCACCUGCACGACGUGGAGGAGCUGCGUAGCUACCGCCAGCCCCCGGCCACCGUGGUCAGGGUGACCGACAUACUCUGCCUGAUGUUCCAGCAGGAACCGGGGUGGGAGAGCGCCAAGAUGCUCCUCAACCGGGAGGACUUCUACCAGGACCUGGUCUUCUACCCAAAAGAGAACUUCUCCACGGAGCUCUUCAGGGCGCUGGGCCAGGCGCUGGCUGUGGAGAACUUCACCGUGGAUUUCCUCAAGAACAUCAGCCAAGCCGUGGCAGCCCUCUGGCAGUGGAUCUCUGCCAUUUACCGGUACCAUUCUGCACUGCGCAACUGGCAACCGGCCAUGAUGCAGCUGGAGCGCUGUGACGUGCAGCUUAACACAGAAAAAAAUCAGCUGGGCGACCGGCGCCUGCACGCGGAACAGCUGAAGGAGGCCACGGAGGCCCGGAUCCAGGAGCUGAAGGAGAAGCAGGAGCGGCAGGAGAAGCUGGUGCAGCAGCUCACACAAUCCUUGCAGGCCAAGGAGGAGGCCUCCACGGUGGAGAACUCUGUGGCGGAGCACCUGGCCAACUGGACCACGCUCAUCAAGAGCCUGGAGCACCACCGCAGCACCAUGUAUGGCAAUACACUGCUCUGCGCGGCUACCGUCUCCUACCUGGGCCCCUUCCCUCCGUCCCGUCGGGAAGAGCUUCUGGAGAAAUGGCAGGCGCUGUUGGCCGGCUGUGAGGUCCCCCUGGAACCAGACGACAUCCGCCGGACCCUUCAGGAGGGUCUGCCCUGCCCUGGCCCGGCCCCCCUCGGCCCCCCGCUGCUGGAGGCCCAGCGGCCGCUAGACCUGCUCUCUCUGCUCAGCUCCCCUGGGGAACAACGCAUCUGGGAUCGGCUCCGCAAGCCCAAGGACCCAGAGAGCCGCCUCAUGGCCACCAUCCUGCUCUCCAGCCUUCAUGCGCAAGCCCACCGGUGGCCCCUCUUGGUGGACCCCAAUGGGCAGGCUCUGGUCUGGCUCCUCUCUACUCCCUCGCUAGAACAUCAGGAAUCCCAGGCCUAUAUCCUUGCGGAGCUCGUGCCAGAGAUGGCGGAGCAGGGCGGUUGGGACGAGAUCCCAGAAAACAACCUGGAAAUCCUGUCACUCACCGACCCCGACCUGGAGCACACCCUCCGGAAGGCCAUCAGCCACAACUCGCCGGUACUGCUGAUGAACUUUGAGAAGAACGUCCCCUGGUGCCCAACCCUGCGGCAGCUGAUGCAGAAGAAGUCCUUCUGGGGAACUGAAGGCCUUGUCCUCCCUGCCAAGGCUGCAGAGCUGCAGCAGGAGAAGGAAGAGCAAGAAGAGGAGGAGGUGAAGGUGCUGCCUUCCUUCCAACUGUACCUCUGCACCGAGCUUCCCUUUGAGUCUUUGGCUGCAGAGGUGGACCAGAUGGUUCUGAAGAGUCUGAACAUGAUUGACCUCAGUCUGAGCCCAAAGGCACUGGAGGACAUGUUGUUGAGCGAGGUGCUGAAGGCCGAACGCCGGGAGACCCUGAAGAACCGGCAGGCUUUGCACCUGGCUCUCCUGCACCUGGAGAGCAAGCUGGAGGCCACAGAGGAGGAGCUUCUGGAACUGAUCUCACAGCCGCAGCGGUCGCUGCUGGAGGAGGAGAACUUCAUGCCGAUGGUGCGCCUCCUGCAGACCCAGAUCCAGGCACUACAGGCCACCCACCAACACAUGGCUGCCCAGCAUCGGGACCAGGUGGCUAUCUGCGACAACUACCGACGCGUGGCCCGGGUGGCGGUGACCCUGCACAAGGUGCUGCAGCAGGUGGCCCACCUGCACCCAUUCUACCGCUUCCCCAGCGAGGCCUGUGUGGAAUGGGUGCGCCAGGCCCUGGCUACCAGCAAGCGCCAACAGGAUGCCAACAAGCAGGAGACGCUGGAGGCCCGGCUUCUGGAGCUGAGCAAGGCCGUCCUGCGGCAGCUGCUGACCGAGGUCCUGCCCAGCCUGCGGGAGAUUGACCGGCCCCUCUACUGCUUCCUGGGAGCCCUGGUCACCCUGCAAGGAGCUAGCCCAGGGGCACCGGCCCUCAGCCCCGUAGAGUGGCUGGCCUUUUGCGGGGGCCUGCGGGAGCCAGCUGCCAAGGCCCUGCUGCUGCUGCCAGAGGAGGAAAGGGGUGCCCCCCCGGCCCCACACUGGGUGGCCCCGGGGCCCUGGGAGGAGUGCCGUGCGCUGGAGCAGUUGCCGGGCUUCCAGGGCCUGCAGGCAUCACUGGCGGAGCAGGGCACGCAGUGGCAGGAGUACCUGCGCCUGCCCUCCACGGUGGUGGGCCCUGCCCUGUGCCCCAGCCACGCCCACCUGGGCCCCUUCCAGCGUGCUAUCCUGUGGCGCGUGCUGCGCCCCAGCGCCAUGAGCCAGGUGAUGGCGCACCUGGCCACCUGCCUGCUGGGCUGGUCUCGGACAGAUGAGGCGGAGACCGCCAACCCGCAUGCCUGCAGCCGACCCAACCGGCCUAUCAUCUUCCUCACCCCUCCAUCCGAUUCGGACGGCUCUUUCACCCUGCCUCUGCUGUGGAUCCAGCAGAUGGCCGCUCAGCGGAAACGGGCGGGGAAGGUGGUGGUCCUCACUUUCGGCACUCCCGACGCUCCCCGACGCGUGUGGCGGGCACUCCCGGCCUGCACCAAGAAGGGCAAGUGGCUGGUCCUAAGCAACUGCCACCUCCAGGCCCACUGGGACCCUGACGUGCUCCUCCAGUUGGACCAGCUGCUGAACGCGCCCAUGGGUGCAGCACAGCACCAGACCUUGGAAGUCCACGCCAAGUUCCGCCUCUGGCUCAUCACAGCGGCCAAUGCCCCCGAGUCGGUGCCAGGACCUGUCCACCGCAAGGCUGCCGUCUUCUUCUGCGAGGAGCCACUGGAGUUCAGGGGAAUCUUGAUGCGGACGCACCAGAAGCUGCAGGGCCAGGUGCACGGCCUGGACACCAGGAGGACCCUUGCCUUCCUCAUCCUCCACGCCAUCCUGGUUUUCCGGCAGAACUACAGCCGCUGGACCCAGGCCACUCUGUACCUCUGGAACCAUGGAGAAGUGACCCAGGGACUUCACAUGAAAGAGAGGCUUAGCCGGCUGCAUGACAGGCGCCCGAAGGCUCUGAUGGAACUGGCAGGAACCAUGCUCUACGGCGGCCACGUCCUGGACAGCGGAGACGCUCAGGCCAUAGAGAGCCUGUGCCGCCAGUGCCUCUCGUCCAGUGCGCGCCUGCAGCCGGGCAGCGGCCCCCAGAGGAUCCUGGACCUGGUCAUUGGCCACCCAACCCCAGGGCUCUCGGAAGAGGAGGCCUCAGCCGCCACCCAGGCCCGCAUCGCACAGCUGCCCAGCCCCAUGGAGGCCUCCUGGGUGGGGCUGUGCAGCGGGCUGCGGGAGGAGAUGCAGGCGGCGCAGAGCCAGGUCCUGCUCUCGGCGCUGUGGGCCUCCCAGGGCCUGUGGCAGCCCCGAGCGCCCCUCCUCCAGCGGCGGCAGCAGGAGCAGCAGGAGGCCCUGGAGCGGCUGGUGCGCGAGGGGCUGGCGCUGGUGGAGGAGCUGCAGGGGCAGCUGGAGCGCUGCGGGUGGGAGGCGGGGGACCACGGGUGCCCCCCUCAAGGCCAGCCCCGGCCCCGCCAUCGCCCCCUGCAGCGCUUCCUCCUGGAGGAGGGGGGCACCCUGCUGGCCCUCCUCACGCAAGUGGGCCGGGACCUGCGCUGCGUGGAGGGCCACCUACAGGGGGCGCCCUGCUCCUCCACCCGCUGCAGCGCCAUCCUCCAGGAGCUGCUCCGGGGCCAGAUGCCCGGGCCCUGGCUGCCCUUCGCCCCCACCGGCCCCCAGCCCCCCCAGCUCUGGCUGGAGACCCUGCGCCUGCGCUGCCAGCUGCUCUGCCGGUACUUGGCCUGCAUCGGGGGCCACCCGGUCACACACUUCCAGCUGGCUGCUUUCCACCGGCCACGACACCUCUUCCUGGCCCUGCUGCAGGAGCGGGCCCGCACCGAGAAGCAGCCAGUGGACUGCUACCAGCUGGAGCAGAAGGUCCUGCCAGGGGUGCUCCCCCCCAGCGAGGCCCCCGAGAGGGGCAUCUACCUCAGCGGCCUAGAGGUGCACCACGCCAUGUGGCACAGCUACGACGGGCAGCUCCAGGAGACCCUCUCGAACCAGCCCUGCCGCCUACCCACUGUCUGGGUCCAACCCAUCCGUCGGCCCUGGAAGCGGACCUCCUCCCAGACCACCUACCUGUGCCCGGUGUACCUGGGGUUGCCCGGGAUGCCCGUGACGCUCGACAACCGCCAGGUGCUCAUGCACCUGCCCCUGCCUACCACGAUGGCCCCAGAGCUGUGCGCCCAGCGGCGGGUGUUUGCCGUCAGCCUCUUACAGUGAGAGCCCCACAGCGAAGAAAGAACUGUUGCUAUUGUUAUUGUUAUAGUAGUAGAAAUAGUAGUAGUAGCACCCCACUUUCCAGACUUUGCUGUUUGGAAGUCCCUCGUUUGCACCCCAAGACUACACAAUGCUCUCAAUUUGGGGGGGGGGGGUGGAGGGGGAUUAGCACAAACACCGCUGAGAACUAGAUACAGAAAUAAAGUGAUAUAUUUUUGCGUGUGUACAAAA